AUGGUUGGCAAACACAAUGGAUUUGUUCAACUUUUUUCGAAAGAAAUUUCUCAUCAGUUAAUCAGUUUUCAUUGUUUUAUACAUCAAGAAGCGUUGUGUGCUAAAUACAGCUUGAAAUCGCUUCAAAAUGUAAUGGAAGUAGUUACAAAAGUUGUCAAUUUCAUUACAUCUCGUGCUUUAAAUAACCGACAAUUUACUAAAUUAUUAGAUGAAGUUGAAUCACAAUACGCUGGCCAUUUAAUGUAUAACAGUGUUCGUUGGUUGAGUCGUGGUCAAGUUCUUCAUCGAUUUGUUGAAUUAUUAGAAGAAAUACGAUUAUUUUUAUUCGAAAAAUCUCAAGACUAUCCAGAACUUAAAGUUUUAAAUUGGUUGAACGAUUUAAUGUUUUUCACUGAUUUUACUACAAUGAGGCAAACCGUCAAAGGCUACCAUCAACAAGGAAGACUUGUACACCCUUCCUCGUUGAUAACUCCAGAAGAGAAGACCAUUCAAUUCAACGUUGCAGAAAGUAUCAGACAGGAUGACAACAUCAACGAACGUCGCAUUAUUCAAUUUAUGGAGAACACAGGUACAUCUCCUUUGGAAGUAGCUAAUCCAUCGAAUAAGACGUCUUUAGAAACUCCAGAUUUGAGUUUAGAAGUAUUAAAUAAAACCCAACAGUUGAUUAAUUUGGGAAGCCCUAGUAGAAGCCCUAGCCCUAGUAAAAGCCCUAGCCCUAUUGAAAGCCCGAAAGAACGCCCUAGUCUAUUGUCUAUUUAG